GGUUUAUUCUCAUAUCUGAGGAGAACGCUUUGAUACGAAGGCCUAUUAGUAUCAUGUAAAAAAUAAAUUCACAUUCCAUUAUCUCGUAAUUACGAGAAAAGAUCUCGUUAUUACGAGAUUGAAAAGAUCUCGUAUUAAAGAUCUCGUUAUUACGAGAUAGAAAAGAUCUCGUUAUUACGAGAAAAGAUCUCGUAAUUACGAGAUAGUGGAAGGUGAAUUUUUUUUUUUUAUGGCUUUCGUAGAAUAGGUAGGAAAAGUAUACAUUUAAAAACUGUUGCCUUGAAUGUCUUCUAGAUUACUUACACCGGUGCAUACUGGAUCAUGUGAAAUCAUAAAUUACUACGCAGAUCAAAAGAGGAUAUCGAUAGUAAAUCAUCAUGUUUAAAGAAAAUGUACAUUAAUAUAUAUUUAGAUAUAUUUGUACUAGUAUAUAUUUUCGAAAAAAGAAAAACAGUAUUAUAUGUAUUUUUUCACCAGAAUUACAAUAAUGUUAUCAUUAUAUUAUAUGUUUUUGAUAAUAGUCACUUUGUAGGCCUGUAUUACUUCUGUGUUUCUGUUUAUUUAUUCUCAUUUAUGUAAUAAAUCUACUUAGAUUUGUCGGUCUUUAUCAGUUUUCUUGUGUCUGUUGAUUUUUAGAAGAAAAAAAACUCCACUAUAUAUGCAAGUAUUCAACUAAGCAAUUACGUGACAAAGAAUUUGUAUCGUGAUCGAUUUGUUGUUAUUCGUAAAAGAAACUUGGUUCAAUUAUUGUUUUGUAAAUAUCCUUGAACAAAGAAAACACACAUAUAGAGUGGAUUCUAAAAUAAGUAUGUAAACAUUGAUCUAUCAAAGUCUUCUGCUACCUUAUUAAUGUGGCAUUUUAAGAAUAUUUAUCAAAAGCAGGUAUUACAGAGCCAUUAAAAUAUUUCCCAUGGCAAAAAUAGACACCAUUCUUUAAAUUUCAAUACAAAGUAAGAAUUAAGAUAAAAGGAAUGUGUGUGUAUGUUGUUUGAUCCUGUAAUAAAGGCCUUCAUCACAGUUAUAACAGUUUACCCGUUCUAAUUAAUCCCACUAUUGAUGUUCUAGCGAGUUUAUUUGAUUUUCACGUGGUCCAGUCUGUUUAUUUAAAAGGAUACGUAGACUUGCGAGUAUCCACUAGGCCGUACAGCAAACACCUAGACAUUCGUCGUAAAGCACUUGUAGUUCGUUGUAAAGCUGAUUGGCUUUCUUUGCCGGUGCCUAUCAAAGCGAGAAGCUUUCUUCUUUCAAAUCAAACGCGGACCGAAUCAGAGAGCGUCAACGCGACAAGAGACCCCGAACUGUUAAUGUCGGUUAUGUUUUAUUAUACAAAAAUAUCAAGAAUUCAGUCUUGCUUGCACUGGAUAAUAAUAAAAAAAAGCAUUAAUUGAAUUCCGUUUCAAUUUUAAGUGUAAGUGUGCGUAAACACUUAAUAAAUUCUUUUCCAUUUGAUAAGCUGUGAUACAUGUAUGUUUACGUGUUAUAAAUUUUGAAUACCCUGCAAUUGAACGUGAAGGUACAGUUAAUUCUUAUGCUACCUUUGGAUUGGAACAUUACGUGUAUGACUGCUUAGCGGACCACAGGGGCGAUAUUACGGUGAAUUUUCAGAAUGGAAGUCUUUCGAUUCUUCCAUAUUAUGGUGCUUAGCACGAUUUUUCUCCAGCUUCUAACCUUUGAAAGUGCUAUUGCCUUUAAGGACUUUAUGGCAGACCCGGACUCCUCUUCUAACCUCGAGACCAAUGAAGAGGAGCCGCGGGGCGGGCGUCGGCGGCCCGUGGACAGCAAAGACAGCUGGCUUCAGUUCAUAAGGCGCGGAUCACGUCCCGCCAAACAGACCACUAAGAAGCGGAAGAACAAGCGCUUACAGAGACUGGGGUGCCCGGCUGGACCAGCGGGGCCACAAGGCCCACCCGGACCCCCAGGGCCAAAGGGAGCGAAGGUUACAAUACAGGAACUCAUGACGGAAUUUCUGGACAUCGUUAAAGAGGCGGCUGAAAAACAAGCAGAGAAAUUAAUUUCAGAAAAGUGUGGGAUGUGCACCAUGAACAACGGCAGUGCAGAAGUAUCCAUGCUGACAAAUGACGUCAUGGCCCUACCUAGAAUCACAUCUGGUUUCCAUCUCCGUCUAAAAAAGAAUGUCAUAGUGGAUAGCAAAACAUUCAUUGAACUUCAUUCUUUUCAUCAACCUUUUGCCGCCGGAUCCUUCCAGAGGGGAAAUGCUUUUAACAUCAGAAAUGGUCGUUUUACGGCCCCCAAAGCAGGGAUAUACCAGUUCUCCGUAAAUUUGCAUGUACGUGUGAAGCGGAAGGGUCGGAGGGCGAAACUGAAGAGGAAAGACGCCGUAAAAGCACAGAUUUGCAUAAAUUCGUUAUGUAAUAAAUAUGUAUCUUUAAGCCAUGUCCGAGGAAUGGAGAGUAAUAGUAAAAUAUUCACUGUCAGCUUUUCCGGAUUUGUACAAUUACAGCAAUCACAGUACGUUUCUGUUUACAUUGACAACUCUUCGAAAAUGAGCGUCGUGAUACAGAAAAAUUCGGACUUUACCGGAAUUAUAAUGGGAACGUGAGUGCACCUUACCAGAGUAUGACAGGUGCACCUUUUUCUGAGAGUGCAUCCUUCUGGAGUGUUACAGGUGCGCUUUAUGUCACGUCAUUCAAAGUGACAGCUACAAGUCGUGACGUUGGCGUUCUCAGAUCGUUGAUAGUUGUCAUGUGAUACAUGUAGUCAUUCUGUGAAAAAGGAGGACAAGUCACACUGAGAUUUACUUAUGAAGUUGAUGAAAAUUCAACGUUGUUCUUUUUAACUUUUAAUUUAUUAUAUAAGUAUUGGGAAUUGUUUAUACAUGUUUUGCUCAUGAUAUUGUUUGUUUUGUACCUCUAUACAGCAGAUUUGUUAUCAGUUUUGUUUCUGUACAAUGAAUUGUUUUAUGUUGCA